AUGACCUCAGAGGGCCUUCGAAAAAGGCCCAAAAAAGCCUUGUCCUAUUGCGAGACGCUUGACAAAGAUGUUCACCGGUUGUUUACGUGGUCUUUUGACGAAAAACAAUGGUUCCUAGGAUUAAUUGAUGGAAACAGUGCGCCGGACGCGUUCGUGAUACAUGGAACUAACAAAAAUUUGCAGCUUGUCCUCACUGACGUCAAAAGUAUGGCUAAUCACAAAUCCAACUAUUUCCACAAAUAUGGAGUGAAAUCACCGAACCAGACAAUGUUUGAUAUCUUGCCUGGAAACGUUCUUGCCACAGGCUGUGCCACAGGAAUCAUGAUGCAGUCUGCUCAAUUUGAGUGA